AUGAGUUUGUUUUGCAUGUGUAUUGUGCAUUCAUCUGCUGCUACUUUAAGCGACUUUGAAACUCGUCUUAACAACCUGUUAAGCUCUCAUUCGAAUAAUCCUAACCUUACACCAGAGGAAAUAGUAGAGGCUUCAAAAUCAGUAGCUAUUGCUGCAGCUGAGGCUGCAAGAGCUGCCUCUGAAGAGAAGGCUGCAAAAGCAUCAAAGGCAAUGGCUGCUGCCAAGAGCGCCUUAGAUUUGGUUGCCUCAUUUUCUGAAGAGGCAGCCUCUAAAGAAAAAUAUCUGAAAAAGAAUAGGCUGAAGAAGCAUCUUCCAGUUCGGCUUUUGCACCAGCUGGUAUGA